AUGCCACACUUGAAUAAACCUACAUGUAUAAAUCUGUGGAUUCAACCGAUUACAGAAACGCUAACAAUCGAGGAAAACUUAAAUGGUAAACAGCGUCGAGGAGCCUCUCAAAGAGGAACUAUAUAUAUGAGGUCAACUAGUCGAAGCCUUCGGUACACUAGAAGACAGAAUCUCCUUUUGACAAGGAAGGUGAUGAGAUUUGGCACGUGGAACGUGCGAACUAUGUACGAGGGAGGUAGGAGUGCAAAUGUAGCGAAGGGGAUGAGAAGUUAUAAUUUGCAGGUGCUUGGGCUGUGUAAGACCAGGUUGAUUAACUCCUCGGAAACUAGAUUGGGCGCAGGGGAGACCUUGAUCUAUUCAGGCCACAAGGAGGCUGACGCACCACACACAGAAGGAGUCGGAAUCGUGAUGUCAAAAGAAGCAGCACAAGCACUCAUUGGAUGGGAACCAAUCAACUCGAGGAUCUUAAUGGCAAAAUUCAGGACAUCCAACAAGAGAAUCACACUCGCCACCAUCAUGUGUUAUGGCCCAACAAACGACGCAGAGGAGAAGGUAAAGGAGGAUUUUUAUGAUAGACUUCAGACAGUGAUAAAUGAUAGACAUGACAGAGCGGUGGUCAUUCUUAUUGGGGGAUUUCAACGCUAA